UCAUGCUGCCCUCUGUUUCUUGGCGAUUUAGAAUCGGGCUCCAUUGGAUCCGGGGGUUGUUUCUUCUCCGCGGCCCGGUGGUGGAGCGCCUAUCCCUGCAGCGGCUAUUGCGAGAGAUGGAGCGAGGGCUAGAUGAGAUGGAGCGAGGAGACGGGCUGCCCCGAGGAGACAGUGCUUCAAAUCGGGGAGGUUCAGGUUCUGCCACCACAUUCGCAAUUAGAGUGGAAUUUUUUCCCUGUAAAGCCAAGCUCAGUGAUGGCAGUGUCCAAGACAUUGAUAGAGAUACCACCGUGAGGUUGGAUGUCGAUUUUGCAGAUGUUGAUCCCCAGGAAUUGGAGAUCAUGAAGGAGAAGGCCGUGGGCAAUUUGGUGGAGAGAAUUGGGGAGAGUAUUGUUUGGGGUCCAGAACAAGAGGUAUCUCUGCAACGUUUCGAUAACUAUAAUGGUGAAUAUGUGAGAAUUGAAGAUGGAGAAUCCAUGGUUGCUGAAAUUGAUCAGCAAGGAGGAUGGGCAAGCAAACAAGUAACAUUUUAUGCAGAGCUAAUUGAUCUGCAAACUCAUUCCAGAGUUGGUUAUGUGCCAUCAAAGAUGGCUGCACAGAUGGAAGAUGAUGAUUGGGUUUCACAAAAGAAGAUGUUGGCAUUGUUGACUGAACCGACUAUAGUAGCUGAAGAUACUGGGAUUGAUGCAGAUGGAGAGGAGGGAACCCAUGGUGCUAGGAAGAUUGCUGUUGACUGGAAUGUAGUAGAGUUGAAUGAAAAAACAGAUUUGGUCAUUACACCAAUAUCUGACAUUGAUAUGGCCGAAAUGUUUGGCAUUCAAGUUGAUGACAAAGAUAAGGAGAAGGAUGACAGUUCUUUGCCAGCUGAAGGUAACACAGGCCCUAGAAAUGCAAAUGAGGAUGAAGAACACCUGAUGAGAGAGGCUGCAGAUGAUGUGGAUGAUGCAGAUGAUAAUGAGCUGGAUGUUGUAUAG